GCCGCCAUGUUUGUACGACACGAGAACCAAUCGGAGCGACGAAAAUUCUUAGAAAACCAAAACUUCCGGCCUUCCAAGAAGGUGAAUGUGCAAGAUCGGCGUUUUUAGCCGUUUUCAGAAGAAACACUGGCAUGUCUGCCUUCCUUGGAACUACUCAUUUGGUAACUUUUAUACUUUUCAUAAAGUGUGUUCCAGGAAAUUUCACAAUACCAAGACCUGAGAAACCAGUGCUUUAUGCUUUUGGUUGGCCAAAUGCUACUUGUGUUACAGCUUCUGUAAAAACCAUAGACAUGGAUGAAAUAGUCAGCUAUGCAGAUUUGUUUCUUGGAGAAUGCUGUCCAGAUGAUUCAUUUAAUCCCAGUGGGAAAUGUUCUUCAAAUAUGACAGGUCUUAUUCAAGGUGGCAGAUGCCUUCAUAAUGAAGAUGAUUCACGUUCAUUGACUGACAAAGUUCUUAACUGCACUGUUUGUAACAACUCGCAAAUGUGUGAAUUUUUUAAGUGGUUUUCAAAAAAGAAAACGGUCUGUGUAUAUUUCAAGGUGACCACUCUAAAUGGCUCUGUUUGUCCUUCUUGUUUUUGCAGGAGCUAUCUUGAUAUUCUAGUUAUCCCUCCAGUUAGGAGUCUACAACUUCUUCCAGUCUCACGGAGGAAACUAACAGUUCUCUGGGAAAGGCCAGAAGGAAUACAUAGUGAAACACUCACCUAUAACGUGAUUCUUCGUGACCACUUGGGGAAAUGCCAAGGGAACAUGGAGCAGGAAGUGGUGGACAAUGUUCAAGGCAAUAAGACAAAAAAUGCAUUUAGCUUUACUAAUCUAAUGCCAUGGUCCAGCUAUUCAGUCAUUGUAUGUCCUUCCAUGAAGACAAUAAAUGUAAACAAGACAACUUGCACCUGCGGUGAUUACCAGCAUCAACCUGAAGGGCCAGUCUUCAACCAAACAUUACCUGAAGAACCAACUGAACGUCCAGAUAUACGGCCUUGCGAGGCACAAUGCAGUGAGACAAACUUUACUGUCACUCUAAAAUGGAAGGCAAACAACUUGCUAAUAUGGAAUGGAAUCCCUAAGAAGUCUGUUAUCAGGAUAUACAGAAGGAAUUCUUCAUCCCAAAGCAUAGAACACAUGCACCAAACAAAGUCCCUUACUGGGAGUCCUAUAAUAACAGUCCAUUUUUCCCUUGAGCCUAAUUACAAUGGGUCAUUACUGAGAUAUUCUGUGGGUAAGCUGAACAGCAAAGUGAAAUACUCAUAUGAGGUGCAGUUUUGUUCAAAUGGGGGUUGUGGCCCAAGUGCAAUGGCAGCACUAAGCUGUGAUUCUUGUGAAUUGCUGGGACUUUCAUCAGUUCUAGAAAAUCCAACCACAGAAGCACUUAAUAAGAAUGAAGACAAUAGUGACUACACUGUGACCUUGUGGGCAACAGUUGGUGUCGUCUCAAUUUGCAGUUUUGUUGCCGUAGUUGUUAUAGUAUGGACUGCAAAGAGGAAAAGCAACAGGCCCGGGAAUUUACAGCUACGGGAUAGAGUAGGAUCCUUGCCCAUCAAUAUCUACGAAGGGUCUGACUGUACGGACAAGGCGUCGGAUAGUGAACCCUACAGUGUGCUGUUAUCGUCAGAAACCCAGCUGUAAACGGAACUGAACAGGAUACAGAGCAAGUCUAGGUCGGCCCGCAGCCUCUUUGGCGAUUUUCCCAACGAAGAGUGCGAAAAAAUCUGCAAGCAAGUUGAUUUUGUUAGCUAAAAUGGUAGCCAUAGACAUAGCGUCGAGAGAGACAGCGAAAUAUCAUGUAUAACCCAUAAGCAGAUCUAUCUAACUCACAUUAUGGUCACUAAAGAUGUAACGAUGUUCCUGUGGGAUUUACUCUUUCGACUGGUGUUGUUGUAUUCGCGCUCUAGGUAAAGCUGCAUGACAAAAGACCCUCACCGCUGUUGGCAUGGUGCCUUCGCAGUCACAUGACCUCAACUGUUAUCAACGGAAGCUCUCUACCCGCAAACAUUUGAUACUUUAUCGUGCAUGCGCAGCAUCUGCAUCACAGUAUCAAAUGCCACCUUUAUCUCAAGCAUUGUUAUCCACGUUCAGCAUGCAGAGUAGGCGGUCUUAAGAGCAAAACAAUCGGAAUCUUGCCUGUUAUUUUUAAGUUCCAAAUUGCCGUAGAGUUUUAUAAUAUUUCAUUUAUCCAAGCUUUUUUUAAGACGCUUCUGAGGCCUUUUUUGUCAAAGCUCUUUAGCAAACAAAAAUGAACUUCCAUUUAAUUAGAUAGGAUAUUUAUUGUCUGACGAUAGACCAGGCUCCAAUAUAGUGGAAAACGAGAAAUUCAGUUCUAUUUAAAUUGGGUUGAGUUGCAAUGUGCUGUCAUCCUUGAGAGAAAUGUAGUCUAAUGUAGCCCGCCAUCGUCGAAGUCGGUUCACUUCACGAAGGAGAUUAAUUAAUUUAAAGUAAGAUUUGUUCUACUAUUCCUUACGCGUACACGCAGAUUACUGACGAUAGGUCGUUCCACAUAGUCUGCAACGGAGCUCCUGAGCUGGGUGGGAAACUGCUUGGACACGGUUUUUCCGCCUUUAUACUACUUCAGAUUGGCACGCCGCGAAAAUGGCAGGGCCCUCAUUCGAAGUAUAAAAAAAUCAUUUUAAGGAGUUGAUCAUAAGACAGGGUUUCAUUGACUGUAGCUAGAAAAUCAGUUCUUCAACUCUUCUUAAAUUCACAGUAUUUUAGUUUUAGGUCAGUACUAACUUGUAGCGCGACUUUUCCCUUCUGGCUAGGUUUUUGUACAGAGUAAGUCUUUAUUUAAUAGUUUUAUGAUGUGAAAGAGUUGUUCCUAUUUAUGUUUUUACAGGUCAUUUAUUUGAAACUAUGCAUCCAGUGUGAAAUUAGAAUUCAACUGAUGUUGAGUUAACUUGUUUUACGUUACUUAGGACUUAAUUUUCCACACGCUUAAGUUGUUGGUGCUUAUCGUUUAUCGUAUAUUUUUACGAUGAUCGCUACGUUUUGACUGCAUACUGCAAGUCUUAUUUAAGCGGUGAGUUCGGUAGAGACGGUUACCAGCAUGGAUGCGCGUCACCUUGAAGACGUUAUGCUCGGCUGUUACUGGCACAUUUUGAAUAAGUGUUCUCAUGACAGUCUACCGUCGCCUAGCUGUCACCGUGUCAUGGGGGUACUUUCCUCGAAAUGCGCGCGCUAAUCACAGCGAUGAGAUACCAGCAAAUCACAGCUAAGUAGAACGGUCCACGAGGUGACACGUAUCUUGUGGACCUCAUCACCGGAAGAAGGAUAGUGGAAACGUUGCUAUCUACAUUAUAGAUAAACUAGCUACGGGAUUAUUUAAUUACAAUAAACGUUUCGAUAGUGAUGCAAUGGGAAGCUUUACAAAUUACAUCGUGCAAUUUGUGACGCGUGUGUCAUAAAAAAUUGUAGUUUCUGUAUAUAGCUAUAGUUCAGUUCCUAAUUGAAAAAUGAUGUUUGUGACAGUUAGCUUAUACUUUCCACAAUUUUGACCACGCAAGCACCUAGUACACCCCAAGUGAUGGUUUUCUAACAACAAUAACUCAUGUAUGUUCUUUCAGUUUUUUCGAGAGCAAAAGGUUUAUAUCUUUUACACCUGAGGUGUAGCAGGGAAUAAUUUGAUUUUAGGCGGAUUGUAAGGUAAUAAUGGGUGAAAGCCUGGCAUUGACGGUCGUUCAUCAAUAGAAUUUGCUUUCACUAAUCAAUUUGUGAUUUUGGAGUACUCUAUUUUGAGAAGAUGUAUUUUCAGGCUGAAAUUUUACUUAAUAGAGGACCUCAUUAAAUGUAUUUUUGUACAAGUUA